GACUACGAAUCAGAGUUUCUUAUGGCUUAUCACAAAGCGUUUGAUAACUUAAGAGCCGAGGGUUUCUUCGUUGGCGAACACAUCUGGAAUUUCGCUGAUUUUAUGACUGAACAGUCAAUUAGUCGAGUGAUGGGCAACAGAAAGGGUAUAUUCACGCGGGAAAGACAGCCCAAAGCCGGCGCCCGAAUCCUUCGCUGCCGUUAUUGGAAUUUGGCUCCACUUAAGACCGAACAACACUCCGGACUCUCGUACUGUCCUGUCGUCUAAUCGCAAACAUUUGCUCAC